AUGCGCUAUUCAGAUCGAUUGCAAGUCUGGUUCAAUGACUACUAUCCUCUCAAUAAUAAGCAAAAUGGCGAGAAACAUAUUGUAUACAACCGUGGGAGUCAUGGAGCAGAUAUGUGUGCCAUGGCCAAGCGUGUCAAUGUCAUGACCAAAGAACUACCUGCAGAUCCAGAUCUUUUUGUUUUGGAAUUUGCAGUCAAUGAUUACCAAGGACAAGAUCACAAGAUACAUUUGGAUCACAAAACGGACGUUUUCUUUGAAGGAUUUGAUCGAUUGGUACUGUGUGCCGAAAUUGUGGUACAUCAACUCUUGUCCCAUUAUCCCAAUGCCGCCGUCCUGUUUUUAGAAUUGCAGACGGCCAUUCUCAAUCGUAAAACGGCAGCGCUGCUCCACAUGGGAGUCGCCAAACAUUAUCAAGUACCCGUCAUUUCCUAUGCCGAAACAUUUUUCCCAGACUUUUAUCGACUCAUGGACAAGCUCAAACAACACGAUCAGUACUCCACUGCAACAACAAUUCACAACGACAAUGGCAAGUCCGUGGCAGACCCGGUAUUGCCUUAUCCACAUGGAUGUAUCCCAUCGUGCCUCGACCAAUUCAUUGAUCCACCCUUUCGCAGCAAGGGAUGCAAAUCACUCUGUGUCUUUGCCUUUCGAUCUGGGCAACGAGACUUGAAAUGUGACGAUCCCUUACCGGCAGGACGAGAACCCUGUUACGUCAGUUUUUUGGCGCAUGAUGCCGUCCAUCUCAGUGCGGUAGGGCAUCAAAUGGCGGCCGAUUUGAUUGCCGAAGCGGUGGCGUCCACAGCCCGUGAUAUUUGUCAAUUUGGGCAGGAUUUGUAUCCAGAGCAGAUUUUACCUACGGUGGGACUCAUGGUGGGCGAUCCCAAAGUGUUGGCGGAAAAGAGCAACUUUGUAUUGGUCAAGGAUUGCAUGGAGAUUUUUGCCAAGAAAGAUCCACUGAUGGCCAAAACUCACUCGGAAGGAUUCAAGCUGUAUGGUGAUUCCGUGGAUCGUCCAGGAUGGAUCGCCACCAACCCAAGCGGUGGAGAGACUGUGACGUUUCCCAUUGAUUUGCCAGAGAAACGCUGUUAUGCGAUUCAUUUGGCCAUUCUCAAGUCGUAUGAAAAGAUGGGGACGUUUACCGUGACUGUCAAAGAUUUAAAAACCAACCAAGAAACGACAAAAACCGGUGUGGAUGGAUUGUGGAAGCCUCAGAUUUCGGUACCCAAUGACAUGCAAAUUACCGAGGACGAUACACCUGCAUGUACGGGCAAGUGUACCGUCGAAAUCACCACCGAUCCACAAAUACCGGGACGAACCGGCAACAAGGUCAAAAUUGUCACAUUGUCUGCUCGGGAGUGUGUCACGCCGUGA